UCAUGGGGCCCCCGGGCAAUAGGGGAUCAUGGGGCCCCUGUGUCCUUGCCCAAACUCAAAAAAGCCUAUGAAAAAGGUACCAGGGGCAUCUCAUGGGGCCCCCUACUGACCUCAGGCCCUCGGGCAGUGCCCGAGUUUCCAAAUGGUCAGUCCACCCCUGGUUGGACACCAGCUUUCAUAAACAAUUGCUAAAAGAAAAUUCAGGGAAAAAAAUGCAAAUAAUAAUAAGCAUGAUGUCAUGCAGUUACAUAGGUCAUAGGGAUCAUGGGGACCCUAUGUCCUUGCCCAAACUCAAAAAAGCCUAUGAAAAAGGUACAAGGGGCAUC